GGCCGAAGAAGUUGCCUUCCAUGGAAUGGACGACUCGGCGCCGAGAAUAUCCUCACUUCCUCCUCACUAUACAUUGGCGGCGCACUCCUGCCUCCUCCGCAUCCACUAUAUUUGGCCGGGUUGGAGCAGCAGCGAUCGAUCGCCCGGGGCGCGGCCAAUGGCAAUGGCGGGCGGGCAGAACAUGCAGGUGCUCUCGGCACUGGACGGCGCCAAGACGCAGCGGUACCACUUCACGGCGAUCGUCGUGGCGGGGAUGGGCUUCUUCACCGACGCGUACGACCUCUUCUGCAUCUCCCUCGUCACCAAGCUCAUCGGCCGCAUCUACUACACCGUCGACGGCUCGCCCAGGCCGGGCAGCCUGCCGCCGCACGUGUCCGCGGCCGUCAACGGCGUGGCGUUCGUGGGAACGCUGUCAGGGCAGCUCUUCUUCGGCUGGCUCGGCGACAGGGUGGGCCGGAAGAGCGUGUACGGGAUGACGCUCCUGACGAUGGUCGUCUGCUCCGUCGCGUCAGGCCUCUCGUUCGGGCGCUCGCCGGCCUGCGUCAUGGCCACGCUCUGCUUCUUCCGCUUCUGGCUCGGGUUCGGCAUUGGCGGCGACUACCCGCUAUCGGCGACCAUCAUGUCGGAGUACGCCAACAAACGGACGCGGGGCGCGUUUGUCGCCGCCGUCUUCGCCAUGCAGGGGUUCGGCAUCCUGGCCGGCGGCGCCGUCGCCAUAGGCGUCACCGCGCUGUUCCGGAGCCGUUUCCCGGCGCCCCCCUACGACGUCGACCCCGCGGCGUCCACGCCGGCCGAGGCAGACCUGGUGUGGCGCAUCAUUCUCAUGUUCGGCGCCGUGCCCGCGGCGCUCACCUUCUACUCGCGCAUGAAGAUGCCCGAGACGGCGCGGUACACGGCGCUAGUAGCCAGGAACGCGGAGCGCGCCGCGGCGGACAUGUCCAGGGUGCUCCAGGUCGACAUCGGCAAUAAGGAGCAGCCGGGGGCAGAGGAAGAAGCGACGACGGGUACAGAGGCGCGGUUGCGCGGCGAACAGGAAGAAGCGACGACGGGGCCGCCGUUCGGGCUCUUCUCCCGCGAGUUUGCGCACCGGCACGGGCUCCACCUUGUGGGCACGGCGUCGACGUGGCUCCUCCUAGACAUCGCCUACUACUCGCAGAACCUGUUCCAGAAGGACAUCUUCAGUGCGGUGGGGUGGAUCCCGGCGGCGGAGACGAUAAGCGCGCUGGACGAGCUGUUCCACAUCGCGCGCGCGCAGACGCUGAUCGCGCUGUGCGGCACGGUGCCCGGGUACUGGUUCACUGUGGCGUUCAUCGACAUCGUGGGGCGGUUCGCGAUCCAGGCGGUGGGCUUCCUCAUGAUGACGGCCUUCAUGCUGGGGCUGGCCGUCCCGUACCGCCAGUGGACGCGCCCGGGCAACCAGACGGGGUUCGUGGUGAUGUACGCGCUCACCUUCUUCUUCGCCAACUUCGGGCCCAACGCCACGACCUUCAUCGUGCCUGCGGAAAUCUACCCGGCGCGGCUCCGCGCGACGUGCCACGGCAUCUCGGCGGCGUCGGGCAAGGUGGGCGCCAUCAUCGGGUCCUUCGGGUUCCUGUACCUGGCGCAGAGCCAGGACCCGGCCAAGACGGCGCACGGGUACGCGCCGGGCAUCGGCGUGCGCAACUCGCUGCUGCUGCUGGCCGGGUGCAGCUUCCUGGGGUUCCUGCUCACGUUCCUGGUGCCGGAGCCCAAGGGCAAGUCGCUCGAGGAGAUGUCGCGCGAGACGGAGCCGGGCGCCGCCGAGCCGUAAGAGAAGGGCCGCCCAUUCGUCCUCUCUGGCACCUGGAUGCGUUUGCGCGCGCGCAGUAUUAAGAUUUGUUAGGAAUAGUCACCUAGCUAGAAUUAUAUUCAUAGUGUCAGAUAAGAUAGGGUCAUCCAAUGUAUAAUGUAUUAAGAUUUGUUACUUGUC